GUGCAUUUCUGUCUGUUUAGAAUGAGAGCUCUAGAAUGGACACCGUGAUUAUUGACGAGAUGCCUUCGCUCUGCACUCCUGUCCGCAAGGUUGGACGGCCUGGCCGCAAACGCAAGCACCUCCCCGUGGAGUGUUACGGGCCAGUGGAUCAACUGGUGGGCGUGGCUAAGCAGCAAAAAGGGGUGGAGCCCCAGUCGUCUUUGCAGUCCCAGAAUGGAGAUGUUGAGAGGCAUGAGAACAAAUCGUGUGAAGGUCGCCACCCCACACUGGACAAGAAUUCUGCAGAAAACGGGCUCCCACGCCAGUCGGGCUGUCACGCCGAGUCGGCCUCUGAUUCAAGCCUGAGCCCAUCCCUGGAGAACGGAUUUGUCUCCAGCCAGGACUCCGAGAAAUAUGAAGAGGAGACACUGCCAACUCUGCCUCACAAGAAACGAGGGAGACGGAAACUGGAGCGGCCGACUAAAUACGUGGAGCACAAGGAGGACGAGAGUGGGGACUCUGCAAAGAAUGAGGGAGCUCGAGGGAGGCUUCGUGGGGGAGUGGGCUGGGAAGUCAGCCUCCGUCAAAGACCCAUGCCCAGAGUAACCUUCCAAGCCGGUGACCCUUAUUACAUUAGCAAGAGGACCAGGGAGGAGUUGCUGGCCAAGUGGAAGUUGGAGGCAGAGAAGAAGGCGAAACUGGUGUCUGUGAUGAACUCAAUGGAGGACCAUGGCGAGGUAGAGUCAGAGCCUCAAAAAGACAGCUCCUUAAUCAACGUCCCACUACUCUUUUCUCCACCAACACUGCCAACGCAGCAGCAACCACCACAGCCUCAAGCUCAACCUCAGACCAACCUCAAACCCCAGCCUUCUCCCCAACAGCAACCUCCACCUUUCCAACAGCAACAGCAGCAGCAGCCUACAGAUCCAGCCUCUCCAACUGUUGCCACCACCCCAGAGCCCGUAUCUAUAGGGGACAGAAACAAGACCUCACCCAAGUCCACUGACACAGAGUUGGAGUACGAGGAUGGCCGAGGUUUCGGCAUUGGUGAGCUAGUCUGGGGAAAGUUACGAGGAUUCUCCUGGUGGCCUGGACGGAUCGUGUCCUGGUUAAUAACUGGACGCAGUCGGGCGGCUGAAGGAACUAGAUGGGUCAUGUGGUUCGGUGACUGCAAGUUUUCUGUGGUCUGUGUUGAGAAACUGUUGCCUUUAAGUUCCUUCCACAACGCCUUUCACCAGCCAACCUACAAUAAACAACCAAUGUACAAGAAAGCCAUUUUUGAGGUGCUACAGGUAGGAAUUUGUUUGUG